CCAAGGCUUCUGGAGGCAUCGAAGCACUAAAGCAGCAUACUGGAGCAGCACGGGCAGACUGGAGAAGCUGGGAUCAAGCGCGACAAGCAGACUGACAGCCACCCAUCUUCCGCGCUUCGGCUUGCUGCAACCGCGCUUCAAGAACCGGAGAGGCAAGCCACUUCUGAUCACAUCGGCAAGAUGUAUCGGUCCACCAAGGGAGCCUCCAAGGCAAGGAGAGAUCAGAUUAACGCCGAAAUCAGGAAUUUAAAAGAUCUGCUACCAAUUUCUGAAGCGGAUAAGGCUCGGCUGUCCUACCUGCACAUCAUGUCUUUGGCUUGCAUGUACACUAGAAAAUCGGUGUUCUUUUCUCAAGGUUCUGAACUCAUGGAAGAAAGCGGAAGGUUUCUUUCUUUUCACGAAUUGGCGGAGUUCGUUCAGACGCUUCCUGGGUUUCUAUUAGUAAUCACAAGCGAGGGAAAAUUGCUGUACCUCUCCGAAAACGUCGCAGACCACCUCGGACAUUCAAUGGUAGACCUAGUUGCACAAGGCGACAGCGUAUACGAUAUAAUCGAUCCAUCAGACCACUUUGUGAUGAGAAGUAACCUGGCUGCGCCUCCUUCUGACGAAACAGAGCGGCUAUUCAGAUGUCGUUUCAAUACGUCAAAGUCAGUGAGAAGGCAGAGUGCGGGCAACAAGCUAGUUCUGGUUCGAGGGCGUUUCUUGCAGCCCCCCGCCGGCUCGUAUUGGUCAAGCAACCCGGUGUUCAUAGCGUUUGGAACCCCACUUGAGCCCCGGCCCAGACACCCCGAAGAUGGAUUCUUCUUUGCCUUCUUUGAAAGCCAACACUCUAAGGACAUGUCUAUCAUGGAUGUUUCUGACAACAUCUCAAUGUACCUUGGAUAUGAUAAGUCUGACAUCCUUUGCAAGUCUUGGUACAGCCUCGUCCAUCCUCAAGACCUCUCUCAUGCCUCUGCUCUGCAUUAUCGAUUAAUAAAUGAAAGCAACGAUGGAAAAGUGGAAAUGGUGGUCCGCCUACAAGCCAAAGACACCUCAUGGGUUUGGGUCUACAUUGUGCUACAAACAGAGAGCACAGAAAAUCCCAUCACUUGCUUCAACUAUAUCAUAAGUGAGUCUGAAGCUUGUAGUCUGAGGCAGCAGCUUGCUUCCGAGGAGAGUCAGCUAGCAUUUGUCCUCAGAGCAACAGCUUCAUACCAAGAGAGCCUACUUAUGUCUCCUGGUCAAUUGUCCAGCCCAGAUCAAGUGUUUACUCCUUUGUCCAGCACACCAACCAGUGGGGGAGGACUCUCUGUGCAAUCUUUUGACUUCAGUACUGUCUGUAAUGUAGAGUGUGUCCAAGAGUUUACAGAAGAAGCUGGCAGCAGCAUUGGUGUUGGGACUGCCUCUUUGGGGCAAGAAGAAUCAAUGCAACUUGGUGGGAACAGGCCUAGUAUCUCCUCAGUUGAGGAGGAGCCCAGUCCCACCACAUCAAGCCACCAUCUGCAGCUACAGCAGCAGCAGCAAAGCAAAGCCCUCGGCUUUUAUACUCAAAAUCUCAUGUUCCUUCCCAGUAACACACCCACAAGCAGUUCCAUUUCUUCUUCCUCCAGCUAUGACCAGACCUCCUUCCGUGCUGAAAGUCACCAGGGACAAGCUAAAGAGUCUGUAUGUACUCCACCCUACACUCCUCAGCAAGGUGGUUGCAGCUUUGUUUUUGGGACUCCAGACCCAGCCUUCCCUCCAGCUACUACAGCAAACUCAUCAGAGACUGCAACAACCACGACAACCACCAGCACAACUGAAAUGUAUUAUUCGCUUGAGAGCUGCAGUGCCAUCUAUGAAAAGCUGCCUCCUACUCCAGACAGCCCGAAUGAUGGAGACUGCAUUGUAAUGACUGUCCCUGAAGUUAGAGGUCCCUUAUAUAUAGAUGUGCCAAUGGUACCUGAGGGCCUCCUGACUCCAGAAGCCUCCCCCAUCAAGCAACCCUUCUCCACCUUUUUUGGGUACUCAGAAAAGGAGAGGAGUGAAAUCAACAUCCUCGCUGAACAAAUCAGCACACUAGCCGAAGGCUUCAGCUCCUACACUAAUGUUAAAGGUGGCAAUGGAAUCAGUUACUCUGAGGUGUCCUAUGCCAAGCACAACCAAGUCACACGUAGCUCAUCUCUCCCCGCUGGCAUGCCAGCCAUUCCGCUUCCUUCUGAUGCCAACCUCUCUACAGACUUUUAUCCUCUCAAGCAAUGGAAGAGUAUAGACUUUUCCCUUCUCGCUGAAGAUGCGUCCUUCUUUGAAGAAAACAUCUUCGAGACCAUUUUAAAAGACUUGUCCUCUUCAUCUAUUUCCAGCAGUACACCCCUGGACUCUGCUAAGUCAGAGAGCCAGUUGGUGGUGAGGUGCUCGCCUCCCCAUUUGGGGGGAGGCAUUGAUAGCACCAGUAGUCCACUGAGCCUGGACACAGCAGAUCCUUGCGUCGAAACGGCGCACAGUAGUAGUGUGGCGGUGACAGCAUCGGCAGCAAUGCCACUCUCACCACCAUCUACAGACCUGUCUCCAGAAGAACAGUCCUUCCUGGAAGAACUAGCCUCGUAUGAAACAGUCUUUGAGACACGUGCCUCAAGGUCCCCCUGUGAUGGGUUCAACGAUGAGUUGUAUCAACUCCGGAAUCACAUGGAAGACAGCUUCCAUCAUGGUGAGCCUCCAUUCAUUUGGGCAUCUUUUGCUUGUCUUUUAGUCACCAUUCGCAAGCAUGCAUGUACAGAGAAGUUCAGAAGUAACUCUGCUUAACUUUAGGCUAACUUUCCACUGCCUGAUCAUCGUUAUUCAUUUUCCUUCAAGUCAUUUCAUAAGCAUGAAAGACAUAUUUAGAUUAAUAGUCAUAAAUAGAAAAAGUGAAACAUUAAGUGCUGUCGCAGGCACAGGUUGCACUAACUGCAUGGCUACUGAAUUGUUACAUUUAAAAAAUCUAACCUGCGCUUGUUUUUCUUUUCUUUUUUUUUUCUUGCAGAUGGGAGUGGAAGUGAUGCUUCGUUUUAAAAUAAGUCUGUGACUUACUUCAUUAAGUAUGGCAUAUUGUCAUAUUUUGUGGAGCUUCUUUUGCCAAAUGUGAAGAUUCAACAUGAGGAAAAAAAAUAUCCACUGAUUUUUAACUCUAAACAGCUAAAGUAACUAAGGUUGUCCUUCUCUUUUUAAUUAUGGUGCAUAUUAUAGUGUGGAGAUAUUUUGUAGUAACACUAAUGACAGCAUCAGCUUAAACAUCUUCCUUUGUAUAAAUAUAAAAGAGCAUAUACACAGGGAUUUUAAGCAAUGUACUGAAAGUAUUGAAACAGCAUAGCGACAACUGUAGCUAUUUGGAAAGCGAAAGAGGACAUUGUAAGAGAACUUACAUAUGUAAUUGUAUUCACUCGUAGUGAGUAUUCAGUAUGUAACUUAUCAAGAUUUUUUUGUUCUUUUUUUAACUAAAGGUUUAUUAAUAUUAAACAAACCUGUUGUAUAGCUGACAAAGCUAAAAUAUAGAUGAUUCAGCUUUUAUAGCUGCCUCCCACCUGUUCUCUGACAAGCUUGCAAUUCUUCCUGUGAAUGUGUAAAUGCAGGAUUUUGCUUAAACGUUGUAUUACAUGGAGAAGCACAGCAUCCCUGGCAUCCUAAUCCAGCUGCAAACUGAACAAACUACCAAGACAGGCAGCCUCAGGUUUUGCCAACCCCUACCACACUCACCAGAGUUAUCGCAUCUUCUAUAUGGGUCUUAGUUAAAAGACUUUCCAGAAAAUGCUUUAUGUGCUCUGAAUAAAAAAAAAAACAAACGAUUUAGCCAAGUAUUUCCCAAAUCCAGUCUACAGUUUCCAAAAUCACCUAGUGCCACCCACUGACAAAAUGCUGCAAUUGCAGCACAAAUCCUAUUUCAACCAGUUCUUAUGAAACUGAUGCCCGCUCUUUGGUAGUAGGGGUAGCAGGGUCUGGGCUGGCCAGGGGCUGCACUGCUUCUUCUUCUUGUUACAGGUGUUAACAAGCUAAAGCAAGACAGAAAAGGUGGAAUACACUUGAAGUGCAUUUUGGACUUCCACAAGCUUAGUGAAGACAAGUCUACAUUGUCCCACAGCUUGGAAGGACCUAAAAAGGGUUGAUUGGCCAAAAAAGCUGCCAGUCAGCAGCAGUUCAUGACUUAAAAAUUGAAGUCUAAAGUAUAAGCAUCUCAUUUUCCAGAGAAGCAAAUCUACUAUUUUUUGUUAUCAUGAUUUUCUUAUUGUUUUUAAGUUUUGGUGUCCAUGCUAGGCUGUACUUACAGUUGGCAAAGGGUGACGAGAUUCCCAUCCUUAUUCCCAUGGGUUAUUAAAGUGGUGGGUCAAGGUGUAUGAGAACUCUUGUUCUGGUACUGUACAAUAUUCUGUCAGAAAAAAAUCAUAAUUAAUGACACGUGUCGAAUGUGUAUAUUCCAACGUGUCGUCGUGCUAACGUAGAGUUGUCUACGAUCAAGUAUAAGGAUUGAAUCCUGUAUAAUCUCUAGCUAUUUUACAUGCUAAAUUAAAGAAAAAAGGUAUAUGUAUAUACAUAGUUAUACAUAUGUAUAUACUGUAUAGUCAUUCACGGAAUGUGAAAUGUGUACAAAUUGUAUAUUUAUAUAUACAUAUAUAUAUAGAGACUGUAUAAAAAGACUUUUUUAUAUUACAUAUUUAUUAAAAUGGACAUUGCGUAACAGUGUUCUUGUGUUCUUGGUACAUAAUAAGUGUAUUUGAUUGUAAAACAAAU